UGGCUUCAGUUACACAGAGCACCCCCGGGGAAACAUCUCGGGGAGCCUGGUUGGAAGCAGUGGGGCUUACAACCUGCCAGCUGCUGGUCUCUCGGCUGCCCUGUGGGGAGGGCCCCGCCUUGGCAUCCCUCGUGUUUGGAGCAGAGAAAUCCGCGUGGAGGAAGGGGUUACACCAUUCGGCCCGGGGAACGCCGGGAGCCUCCCUCUGGCCCCUCGCUUCGCGCGCGCAGCCCCGCAGCGCAGCUGUCUUGGGGACGCCAGCCGCCGAGCCAGCCGCGUCGAGUUUGUGCCGGAGGCCACUUGGAGGAACGGGGACAACUAUCCCUUUGGGCCGCAGGAACUCCGCUGAGCAGAACCAGCCGCCAGAAUGCUCCUCUUGUUGCUGGGCAUCAUCGUCCUCCACGUCGCAGUGCUCGUGCUGCUCUUCGUCUCCACGAUCGUCAGCCAAUGGAUCGUGGGCAAUGGGCAUGCAACCGACCUCUGGCAGAAUUGUAGCACCUCUUCUUCCGGAAACGUCCACCACUGCUACUCAUCAUCAGCAAAUGAAUGGCUGCAGUCUGUCCAGGCCACCAUGAUCCUGUCGAUCAUCUUCAGCGUUCUGUCCCUGUUCCUGUUCUUCUGCCAGCUCUUCACUCUCACCAAAGGGGGCCGGUUUUACAUCACCGGAGUCUUCCAGAUCCUUGCCGGUCUGUGUGUGAUGAGUGCAGCGUCCAUCUACACGGUGAGGCACCCAGAGUGGCAUCUCAACUCUGACUACUCCUACGGCUUCGCCUACAUCCUGGCCUGGGUGGCCUUCCCUCUGGCCCUUCUCAGCGGCGUCAUCUACGUGAUCUUGCGGAAACGCGAAUGAGGUGCCCAGACGGUUUGGUCUGAGGCACUGAGCGUACAUCGGGGGAAGGGAGGAAGGAAACCAGAAAAAAAAAAAAAGAAA